AUGAAUUGAAAAAAAAGAUUGACAUUUUGUAAAUUAUACUACUUAAAUACAUUAACUUAUGUAUAUAUAUAUACUACUUAUAUAUAAAGAUUUGAAUCUAAAUGAAUGAAUGAAUGGAAUGAGGAAUAUUUAAUCCAGUUAUUAUUACUAAAAAUAGUAUCUAAAUUUGGAAGAUGAAUUCAAUCAUUAAAAUAUUUGGAUUAUUUAUGUUAUUUGAUAUUGUCUAUUGUGGAUUAUAUGAAAAACGUCUAUUAAAAUAUUUAUUCGAUUCUAGUCGGCCAGAUGCCCAUAAUCCAAUUGAACGUCCAUCAGCAAAUGAUACAGAAACAUUGAAUGUUAGUGUUAAAUUCUUUUUAAAUCAAGUUAUGGAUGUGGAUGAAAAAAAUCAAGUGUUAACAACGAUCAUAUGGAUGGAUUUAAUAUGGAAUGAUUAUCAUUUCUUAUGGAAUCCUAAAGAGUUUGGUAAUAUAACAACAUUAAAUUUACCAUAUACUGCUGUAUGGAGACCAGAUAUUCUAUUGUAUAAUUGUGCGGAUGAAAAAUUCGAUCGUACAUUUCCAACAAAUACAAUUAUAAAACAUGAUGGUACUGUUCAAUGGAUGCCACCAGGAUUAUUUAAAUCUACAUGUAAUAUAGAUAUUUUAUGGUUUCCAUUUGAUGAACAGAGUUGUAUAUUGAAAUUUGGUAGUUGGACAUAUUAUGGUGAUCAAAUUAAUUUUCAAUUACAAUGUAUUAAUGCUUCACAACCAGAUUGUACACAAGUUGGAACGGUAGAUUUAUCUGAAUAUUCACGUAAUGGAGAAUUUCAUCUUAGUGGUUCUUCAGUUCGACGUUAUGCCCAACGUUAUGAAUGUUGUGAUUAUGAUUUUGUUGAUGUUAAAAUUGCAAUUACACUUCAACGACGUGCACUUUAUUAUGUAUUUAAUCUUAUUGUGCCUUGUUUAUUAAUAUCUGGUAUGGCUUUAAUGGUAUUUAUGUUACCACCAGAUGCAGGUGAAAAAAUAUCAUUAGGGGUAACAAUUCUUUUAUCAUUAACAAUGUUCUUACAACUUGUUGCAGAUAAACUUCCACAAACAUCUGAAGCUAUACCAUUAAUUGGUAUCUACUUUUCAUGCACAAUGUUUAUGUGUUCAUUAUCGAUUGUAUUUACUGUACUCGUAUUAAAUUAUCAUCAUAGAUCAGCUGAUUGUGUUUCUGUACCAGCUUGGAUUAGGAAUAUUGUCAAUACAUAUUUAGCUAAAUUAAUGUGUAUGGAACCUCCAAAACGUUCACAAAUUAUAGAAGUUGAAGAUAUUUCAUCAUCUAUUAGUGAUAAUUUCAUGGAGAAUAUAAAAAAUUCACAAAGUGAAACCCUAUUCAAAGGAGAAGGAGAAGAAGAAGGUGAAAAAGGGAAAAAAGAAAAAGGUCAUGAAGACGAAAUGAAAUCUAAACCAUUUGUUAGUUGGAAUUAUGAUACUACUACUCAUAUUAAUAAUAAUAGUAAUAUGAAUCCUACUUAUAUGAAGAAGCAUUUGAUAACUAAUUCAAGAAUAUGUAUUAAUGGAAAUUUGAAAACGACAGCAACAACAACAACAACAACAUCAUUAAUGGAAAACAAAUUAAGUAGUAUAGAUAAUCAUCAAUUACAAAAUGCUUUACUUGAACGUACAUCAAAAAAUACAAUAGCCAAUGUUAUUGAUUUAGAAGAAGAUUUCCGUGCUACAGCACGAUUUACUAAUACUACUAAUAAUAGUAAUAUAUUAAUCAAUAUGAAUGAAAAACAAACAAUAUUGAACAAUCAUUAUCAUUCAAAAUUAGAAAAGAAUACGGAUUUAUUAUCAUCACCAUCAGGAACUAAUCAAUCAAUACCAGUACAAUCUCCUUAUCGAUUAUAUAAUUCAGUAGGUAAUUUUAAUUCAAAUCUAUUCUCUGAUGAAUUCAAUAAUAUAUCAAAUAAGAAUAAAUCGCAAAUUGAUCCAGACCAAUCAUCAUCUAUAAUAAUGAAUCCAUUUCUAAUAUAUAAAUCAGAUUUAGAAUUUAUUAUUACUGAGCUACGUUUUAUUACUAAAAAAUUACGUGAUAAUGAACAAGAUGAAUUAAUGAGUUUAGAAUGGAAAUUUGCAGCUCGUGUAAUUGAUCGGUUUUGUUUAAUUAUAUUUAGUUUAUGUAAUAUUAUUGUUACAUUUGCUAUAUUAUGUUCUGCACCUAAUUUAAUUGCUUCAUUUAUGCCAUAAUUAAUUUGACCUUUUACUUUUCUCUUCUUUUCUCUUUCUUUUCUUUUCUCUUUAUUUUAUUUUCUCUUCCCUCUUUUUCUUUCUUUUCUCUUUUCUCUUUUCUCCUUUUUGUUUUGGGUUAGAUUUUUCAAGCUCUAUAAUUUCUUUAAUUUACAUUUCUCUUUCUUCUUUUUCUUUCUUUUCUUUUUUUCUCGUUUUCUUUCUUUUUUUCUUUUCUCUUUUUUUGUUUUGGGUUCAAUUUUUUACGUUCUAUAAUUGCUCUACUUUACUUUUCUUUCUUUUUUCUUUUCUCUUUUUUUGUUUUGGGUUAGAUUUUUCACGCUCUAUAAUUUCUUUAAUUUACUUUUCUCUUUCUUCUUUUUCUUUCUUUUCUUUUUUUCUCGUUUUCUUUCUUUUUUUCUUUUCUCUUUUUUUUUGUUUUGGGUUAAGCUGAAGAUCCUUUUUUGUGUGUUUUUUUUUGUAUUAAAACACCAAAAUAGCCUUAAUUGAACUUUGAAUCAAUCAAAUAAAUAAGCAAAUACGAUUAGCUGAUAGCAACUAUUCAAUAAACAUUAUCCGGUUAUGAUAAUCAUAAACUACUUAUAUAUAGUAGUAUAUUUUCAAUCUGAUAUCUACUAUGUAUGUUAUAAGAAAGAAACAGAGAGAGAGUGAGAGAGAGAGAGAGAGACAAAGAAAGUAAAAAUUGAGAUCAUGAAUUAAUCAAUGUUAGAUCACCAUUCGAAAAAAAAGGUGGAAACAGUACUUGGAUACUAGUUCAACAAUGAUCAUGAUGAUGAUCUUAAUCAACAACAACAAAAAAAUCAUACCCACCAUCUUCAUAACCUUAUACUGUAAUGAAUAGAUCUUUCAUUUAGUCACUUCAUGGAAGUUAUGACUAUGAUUAGUAUUACAUUAGAUAACUAUCUUGUUCUUUCUUGUUGAAAUAUUACUGAAUUAGUAUAAUGUUUAUUAGAUAUUUUUUAUGAUCUAAAUCUUCUCCAUUCUCUCGUAUAAUUUUUUUUUUCUUUUUUUAAAACAUGACCAUGUAAUCACUAUGGUGAACUAUGAAAUUCAUUUGGGAUACAAUGAAAACUUUUAAAAGAUUUUUGUAUGUGUGUGUGUGUGUGUGAGUGUAUGUGAAUUGUCUUUCUGUUUAUUAUAUUGUAGAUAUUGUAUAAUUGAAUUCUAUGUUCUAUAUUCAAUAUAUGAAUUAGUUUCUUUUAUAUGCGUGUGUGUGUGUAUAUAUAUAUAUAUAUAUAUAUAUGUGUCUACUGCUGUCCUCUCCCCCUCUCUCUCUCUCCCUCUAUCUCUCUUCUCACACACAUACACACACACACACACUUUAUCUUUGUGUAUUUUUGAGGAGUCUGAAAUUGUACCUCCAAUAGUGUACUUAUUUAGAUCUGGUUUUUUGUUCUUCUCUAAAAAUCAAUAAUUAGGAAAUGAUUUUUUUUUUAAAAAGAAUUCAUGAUAUUCUUUCAAUCGAAUGUCUUUUUUUAUUAUAGUAAUAACUUCUCCAAGAUAGAUGGUUUAAUUAUGGGACUUUCAUUAUCAUUCUAUACAUCUUCAGUGCUUACUUUGUGUAUAAGUGAGCUUUCUAGUUAUUUUGCUAAUGUUAUAUCGGAUCAUUCAGAUGAUCUUGUUGAAGGAUAGAUUUUAAAUCAUCUUUUUUUUUAACUUUUGAAGUCAAUUUGAUCAUCAUUGUU